UGCAUUCUGCAACAGCCUUUGCUCUUUUCAGUUAACAUUCUGCUUUGCCCUUGCACCUACAUAUUUACGUCAGCAUUAGUGCUUCACUCACCCCUAAGGAGUUAACUGCUUUUAUUGCACGAUCUGCUUGACAUUCAGGAUGAAUAGGAAACACUCGCCCCUCCUCUCCGACAAUAUUUUCCUGCUCUUUAAAUCUCUGUGCCCCGGACUGCCUGCAGCCUGGCACACCACAAGUUGCCGGCAGGUCAUGCACGGGGACACCCGUGGGACAUGAGCACAGUGCUGUUACAGAGUGUGAUCACUGCGGGCGCAUCGAGAGGGCAGGCUGCCUUGCACCAUGCCCUCGUUCGAUGAGGUGUUGAAGGAAGCUGGGGAAUUUGGAAGAUUUCAGAAAAGGGUCUUUUUCCUCCUUUGCCAGACAGGCAUCACUUUUUCAUUCCUGUUUGCCAGCGUGGUUUUCCUUGGGACGGUGCCGGACAACUAUUGGUGCCGAAUACCUGGGGCAGCUGAUUUAAGUGAAAAAUGUGGCUGGACGCUGGAAGAGGAGCAAAACUUCACAGUGCUGCCCCUGCUGCUGGUGAAUGGCUCCUCCGGUGGGCACUGCGAGCGGCUGGAUGUGACCUGGGAUGCGGCCACCGGCUGUGCCAGCCCCCUCACCCACCACCUCGAUGGCAGAGUGGGCAGCCCACCACUUAUCACCUGCCAGGACUCCUGGGUGUACCGACAGCCUCACGCCUCCAUUGUCAGCGAGUACAACCUUGUGUGUGGCCGUGCCUGGAUGCUGGAUCUCUCACAGGCUAUCCUCAACCUGGGCUUUCUGGCUGGUGCCUUCACCCUUGGCUAUGCAGCAGACAGGUAUGGCAGAAUCCUCAUCUACCUGCUCUCCUGCCUUGGGGUUGGGAUAUGUGGUGUCAUAGUGGCAUUUGCACCAAACUUUACUCUAUUUUUGAUCUUCCGUUUUCUCCAAGGUGUCUUUGGCAAGGGAACCUGGAUGACAUGCUAUGUUAUUGUGACAGAGAUUGUUGGUUCUGACCAGCGGUUCGUUGGGAUUGCGAUACAGAUAUUCUUCACCCUGGGAAUUAUAAUUCUCCCUGGAAUUGCCUACUUGGUUCCCACCUGGCAGGGGAUCCAGCUGGCCAUUUCACUGCCCAACUUCCUUUUCCUGCUCUACUACUGGGUCGUUCCUGAAUCUCCACGUUGGCUUCUGACACGCAAAGAAGGAGAGAAGGCAUUAAAAAUCAUGCAUGACAUUGCAAAGCACAAUGGAAAAUAUCUCUCACCUCAUUACUCUGAGAUCACUGUUAGUAACAUGGAGGUCACCAAUCCCUCCUUUCUUGACCUGGUGAAGACUCCUUGGAUGAGGAGGAACACACUCAUCCUGAUGUAUGCCUGGUUCACAAGUGCCCUGAUCUACCAAGGGCUUGUCAUGCGCCUAGGAAUUGUUGGAGGAAACCUCUACCUGGACUUCUUCAUCUCAGGAGCUGUUGAGUUGCCUGCUGCUCUCAUAAUUUUAAUCACAAUUGAUCGCAUUGGCCGGCGCCUUCCCUUUGCAAUAAGCAACAUCGUGGCAGGAAUUGCAUGCCUUAUUACUGCCUUCUUGCCAGAAGAUAUCCCAUGGUUCAAAACCACAGUGGCCACACUGGGAAGGCUGGGCAUCACAAUCGCUUUUGAAAUUGUGUAUCUUGUGAACUCUGAGUUGUACCCGACAACACUCAGAAACUUUGGUGUUUCCCUGUGCUCAAGUUUGUGUGACCUAGGUGGGAUCAUAGCCCCAUUUCUACUUUUCCGAUUAGCAGCCAUUUGGUUGGAGCUACCUCUGAUUAUUUUCAGUGUUCUUGCAGCUGUCUGUGGGAUCCUAGUAUUACUUUUACCAGAGACAAAAGGAAUCCCUUUACCCGAGACAGUGGAGGAUGUAGAGCAACUUUCAGGUCACUAUUGUAAAUGCGGGAAGAAAAGGAAACACCAGAACACCAACUCUUAUAUUUGAUGUCUAAAGGAUGAUGUUGAGCAAAGGACUGUUAUCCCAGACUGGGAAUUUCUUCUUCACUUGCCACCACUUUGAAGUUUGCUCCAGAGUAUGGAUUAAACUCCAUGAUCUUCUUCCAAGUAUAAGGACAUUCAGAAAAGGUGGUGUAUUUUUCUGUAAAUAUGAAAUAAAUUCAUUUUUUUCUAAGUAUGUUGUUUCCAGGAAGAAAGCGCUCUUUGAUUUUGACAGAGAACAGAUCAGCUUAAUUGCACUAUCCAGCUCAAUGAGCUUUUAUUUAUUUGUUUAUACAUUUGAGCUAUUUGUUCAUUGGAUGAUUUUGGAUAGUUUUGGAGAGGAAAAUAUGAAUAUAUGAGCCUUUGCCCUUGGACCAUCUGGACAAACAGAAGAACAGAUGUCUCAUGAGGGAGAGCACUGAUCAGGGCAGCUGUUUUUGGAUCAGAAGUGAUAAAACUGGGAGUCUAUCACCCUGGUCUGCUCCUCUUACCCAGCAACACUGCAGCAAAAGCUCUGCCCAUUGAAGGUCUUUCUCAAAUGUGGUAGCGCUCCUCCUCUCCUGUUAUGCAGCUGUCAGUUCUUGCACAGGGUAUUAGCUCUGCAGGUCAGAUCAUCCCACUGCCCAUUGGUGCUUCUCUCCAGACCUGUGGUCUUGUGUCCCAGACAUGCUGAUUUUUUUCCAUUCUAAAAUAUACUCUCUGCCUAUUCCUGCAAGCCAAAUCAUCUCACCCUGACCAGGACCUAGGUGACUCAAGUUCCUUCUUCUCAUUGUUACUUGUCAUCUUUCUGGUUGAGGAUAAGUUAUUUGGGAUACUGACAGGGAUGUUAAGCUGUCUUGGGAAGAUGAGCAAAGAUGAGAUGAGCUUUGUUUAUAGAGGGAAGUAUUAAAUGGAUCCUGUUGUUUGAAGUUGACCCAGAGCGGAAAUGUUUGAUCUCUGGCUCUGCAAGCAGAUAAAGGGACAUCUCACUCCCUUUCAUCAUGUAUGACCUCCACCUAGUGCUGGGUCCAGGUCAGAGACAGACAAUACCCUCCUUAUAAUGAAGAACUUCAGAAGAUGUGAUAAUUGAACAGGACCAUGUCAUGGAUAAUGAAGAAUUAAACAAAGGAAGCAAAGGAAAUUGAGUUGUAAAGAGCCUUAGAAGAUCCAAAACCAACAGAUUUGGUGUGAACAAAUUGAGGAGUGAACUUUCAAACUUCAUACCACAAAUGACUGAUGCUAGCAUUAAGUUUAGUGCUGCUGAAUUACUACUACUCUUGCUUAACUAUCUUAUGAGCACUAAUAGUUUCCCAUGCAUGGGGUUUUCCAGUCUUAUGGGCACAGAAUUCAUUUCCUGUAACCACAGGCAUACGUACUUCCUCUUCAUUUAGAGAAGGAAAAGCUAUAUGUAAUGGUAAGGCAAGUUAUAUAGUGAAACAAGACCAGUGCUGUGGGCAACAGAAGUUUAUAAUACACUACCUGCAUUGUCAUUACUUGCUGUAAUGACUGAUAUUAGUUAUUUCUCUGUCUUCACUAUGAGCUAACUUUAGGAUAAGGGUAUUUUUUUAUUCACUGUUUUGUAUCUAUGAUGCAACGUUUGUGUUUCUGCUGACACAAAUUUCCACAUCAAUAAAAAAAAAAAAAAAGAAAGAAAAUACAAGCCAAAUGUGUUUAUUUUUUUCCGUGUAGUUAAUGCAGUCAGAUAUAUCUAAUAAAACACAGCAGGCAUAAAAGAUGUGUACAGUGAGUUUCUUCUUUUUAUCAUUGAAUUGCUGGAAAAAGAUCAAACAGCUCAUAGAAAAUGAAGGAUAUUCUCCUUUCUUCAUCUGUUGGAGACACAACAUCUUGGGGAUUUCAACCUUAGAAUAAAGUCAUUCUAAAGUCAUUGUAGAGUCUCAUAUAGGAUCAAAAUGCAGAUAUUCAGUUACAGUUGGUGUUGGGAUUUUCUACAAGUAUUUUAAAGGUGUGUUGGUCUAUUGUC